CUCACUCUUCAGCCGGAGACCAUUGAAUCGCCUCUUGUCUUUGCAUUGCCUGAUAAAACCCGUCUCUCUCUGACCGACUUUUCUCUCCAUCUACCAAUGGAACUCCUCGGAGUCGAACAAUGUCUUCGAGUACUUAUCUGUUUGAUGUUAGAGCAGAAGGCUAAUUACUUCCGUGGUCCUUGCAUGUAUGUGUUAAAUCUAUCAGUAACCUCUCCAGCUUGUCAUUUUAUCGAAAUGCCAGGUUUCAUGCCCGAGUAA